UGUAUCUUUUGUGAAAAAAAUAUUCGUGGAGGGGGCAUCAAUAGGUUGAAGCAACACCAAGGUGGAGUAAAAGGGAAUAUUGCAGCAUGUAAAAAGGUUCCCGUUGAUGUUAAAUUUCUUAUGAAGAAUAUUUAUGAAGAAAGUCAGCAAAAGAACAAAAGUGAUGAAGUGAUUACAGUUAGCCAACAAUCCACUCAGUCAAAGAGGAAAGCUUCUUCUACAUCAAAAAACCAGUCAUCCUAUUUUCCCCGAGGUAUACAUGAUGUUUCACAACCUUCAAUUGUAUCAGCGUGGCAAAGUAAAGAGAGGUUACAUGAUACAGACCUAGCCGUUGCCAUGUGGUUUUAUCAUUCUUGCAUACCAAUGAAUGCUGUAAAUUCACCUCUUUUCCCUAUCGCAAUGAGCAAAAUCGCGUCUAUGGGACAUGGAUAUAAGGGACCCUCGUAUCAUGCAUUGCGUGUAAGCCUAUUGAAGGAUGCUAAAAAUUCAGUUUCAUUGAUAAUUAAAGGUCAAAGAAGGGAAUCCGGUUGCACUAUUAUGAGCGAUGGAUGGCGAGAUGCUAGACAAAGACCUCUUAUUAACUUCUUAGUUUACUGUCCAAAAGGGGUUUCAUUCAUCAAAUCGGUUGAUGCAUCGGAUAUUGAGACGAAUGCUGAUAAUUUAUGCAAUUUGUUUGCGGAGAUAGUUGAACAUGUUGGGUAUAGGAAUGUUGUUCACCUUGUUACUGAUAAUGCUGCCAACUACAAGGCUGCAGGAAGAAUGUUAGUGGAGAAAUAUCCUUUGCUUUGUUGGUCUCCGUGUGCAGCGCAUUGUAUUAAUCUGAGUUUGAAGGAUAUUUCUGAGAUAAAAGAAGUUGAUGAAGUGGUUCAACUUGCAUCUAGGGUGACGGUUUACAUUUAUAAUCAUAAGUGGCCUCUGAAUUGGUUGAGGAAAAGACCAGGUUGGACAGAGAUCAUUCGUCCAGGCGCCACUCGAUUCGGUACCACAUUCAUUGCUUUGAGAAGCUUAUAUGACCACAGGCUUGAUUUGGAAGCUAUGGUCACAUCUAGUGAAUUUAAGAAAUUCUUGAAAUUGGCAAAAGCUAAGGAUGUCAGGUCAACUAUCUUAAAUCAAACUUUUUGGAAUAAUUGUUUCCUAUCGUGAAGGUGAUGAGUCCCAUUUUGAAGCUUUUACGCAUUUGUGACCCUGAUGAACAACCUUCAUUAGGUUAUGUGUAUGAAGGAAUGCAGCGGGCAAGAAAAGGUGUUGAAGACUUGUUUCGUAGGAAAAAAACUAAUUAUGAAACGUAUACUAAUAUUAUUGAUGAUCGAUGGGAUAGGAUGUUGCGCAGGAGUCUUCAUGCUGCUUCUUAUUGGUUAAAUCCAAUAUUUUAGUAUGAUCCAGAAUCUUCUUCGGAGACGCAGGCGGCGCUUUCAAGUGUGAUGGAUAAGAUUGAACAGAAAAUGAAUUUUGAUCCCGUGAAGCUUUCAACACAAUUACGUGAAUUUCGUGAUCGACAAGGAGAAUUUAGUCGACCACUUGCUUUAGCUUCCGUGAAGAGUGAUCCUCCUGAUGAGUGGUGGAGAUUAUUUGGUGGAGAUGUCCCGGAGUUGCAAUCAUUUGCAAUUAGAAUUUUAAGUCAAACUACAUCUUCGUCCGGAUGUGAAAGAAAUUGGAGCGUCUUUGAAAGAAUCCACACCAAAAGGAGGAACCGAUUGGAGUAUCAAAGGCUUAACGACCUUGUAUAUGUUCAUUACAACUUGCUUCUACAAAAUAGGGCCAAUCAGAAAAACAAGUCAUACUACCCGGUUGAUUAUGAGAGCAUUGAUAAAACUGGUUUUUGGGUGAUGGAUGAAGAGCCGGGAGGCGAGCUUGAUUAUGAUGAAUUGGAAAAUAUGAUAGAUGAAGAGCCUCCACAUAACUUUGAACCGUCUACAUCUCAAAAUAAUGAAUUUGAAGGAAUGGAGAUGGGAAUACUGUUGAAGUAACUCCUCUUAAUGCUUGAAGUCUGUGAACUUUUUUUUAUGUUUUGCAUAAACCGGAUUAUGUUUGAUUAAACUUGUUUUUUGUUGUUUUGAAUUUGGAUGAUGCUUUUUAAAUGAUAUUAA